CAAAAGAACUUGCGUAAUCAACGAAAAGGAAUUAACACAAGAAUUUCAUGGAAAAGAAAAAAAAAUGAGAAUUGAGAAACAACAGAUCUGAGGUGUGAUCUAUCUUAUAAGCCACCGUUUUAGACUCUUGAAAACGGAUGAUGCGUCUUAACUAAGCCAACACUUUCCUCCUAAAAACCCUAGAUCUCUCUCCUCUUUUCUCUCUCGUCUUGCCUUUAAGGAAGCUUCCCUUUAAUCUAUACAUACAUCACUUAACUCUUUCCUUUAUUCAAUCAGCGUCACCUUGAAGACGUGCUUACGCGUUUCCCCCUCAGAUCUAUACUGCUCCACUCUCUUCAUUAAAACCUUCACAUUCUUCGUGGAUUCUUUUGUGAGUUUUCAAUUUUCAUUUCAUCCGAAAAAAUUCAUCUACUUUCCUUCUGGGUUUUGUUUGAAAUUACAUUCAAUUCGAGUUUUUUUUUUUUAAUUUUGAUUCUGCAGAUCUGUUCAAAGGUCUUGUCUGAUAUCAAGACAGAACACAAACACAAAAAACACUUUUUUUUUGUUCUGUUACUCGAGAUCGUUGCUUCUUUUUCUUCCCUUUAUUGUUGCCACCACCAAUGGCAAUGCCACCUGGAAACGUUGCUCCUCCGUCUGAUAAACUCCAGUUUACACCACCCAUCGCCGUCGCCGGAAGCUGGAUCCCCGACGAGAGAGACGUGUAUAUCUCGUGGAUGCGCGGGGAGUUCGCCGCGGCUAACGCCAUCAUCGACACGCUCUGCCAACAUCUGCAAGCAAUCGGGGAUCAAAGCCAAUACGACGCCGUCAUCUCAGCCAUCCAACACCGUCAGUCAAGCUGGUCUCAAGCUAUCUAUAUGCAGCCUUAUUACACGAUUGCUGAUAUUUACAAGGCUCUUCAGCACGCUGCUUGGCGGUGGAAACUGAAAACGCCUCAACAACAACAACAACAGCCUCAAAGGCAUUACAAUGCUGCUGAUCAGAAUUUGAAGUUUGGAGGAAAGAGAUCAGGUUAUGGAUUUAACAAGCAUCAUCAUGGUGGUGGUGGUGGUUACAGAGGAGCUGAAUCUUUGGCGAGAAACGGGCAUCACUUGAAUUCAGAUUCCCACAACGUUGAAGCUAAGCUAGCAAGUGAUGUUAAGGGGUUGUCUAUUGCUGAGGAGAAGAGAGAUGGUAGCGAGAAACCAAAGAGUGAUCGUAAAGAUCUGGAAGAAUCUGAGUCUGCUGGUGGUGAAACUCAAGCGGAGAUAGUGAACCAUGAUUCUAAAGAUAACAAUCUCUGUUCUGAGGAAAAGCAGGACGAGAAAGAUAAAGAGUGUACUGCAAGCAUGGCUAAGACUUUUGUUGUUGAAGAGAUGUAUGAAGCGAAAGUGGUUAAUGUCGUGGAAGGACUGAGGCUAUAUGAGAAUAUGGUUGACGCAAAGGAAGUUUCUCAACUCGUUUCUCUUGUAAACAAUCUGAGAACCGCUGGAAGAAGAGGUCAACUUCAAACUGAGGCCUAUGUGGGUUAUAAACGUCCCAAUAGAGGACAUGGACGCGAGAUGAUCCAACUCGGUCUCCCCAUAGCUGAUACCAUGCCUGAUGAUGAGAGUAUCAAAGGUCGAAGAAUAGAGCCAAUCCCGUCGUUUCUUUCGGACAUCAUUGAACGUCUGGUCACAAAACAAAUCAUACCUGUGAAACCAGACGCAUGCAUCAUCGACUUCUUCAACGAGGGAGAUCACUCGCAGCCGCAUAUGUUAGCUCCAUGGUUUGGAAGACCAGUUGGGAUCUUGUCCUUGUCGGAAUGUGAUUUCACAUUUGGCAGAGUCAUUGUCUCUGAUCAUCCCGGUGACUACAAGGGCUCUCUCAAGCUUUCUCUCACUCCCGGAUCGGUUCUUCUGGUGGAAGGCAAAUCAGCAGAUCUUGCUAAGUUUGCAAUUCACUCAAUCCCAAAGCAGCGGAUUCUCAUCACCUUCACCAAAUCUCAGCCUAGAAACUCCAUAACCGGUUCUAACUGGGCUCCACCACCUAGCAGAUCUCCACCGAAUCAACACCACAACCGUCACCCAACCGCCCCACCUAAACAUUAUCCUGUCAUCCCGACCACUGGUGUCUUCCCACCAAACGGAGCUGUUCAACCGAUUUUCAUAGCCCCUUCUCCUCCUCUUCCCCCUCAAAUGCCUUUCCCAGGCGGUGUCCUUCCCGGGGCAACGGUCUGGCCUCAUCCACGACAUCAGCCACCACCACAGCCUAGACUGCCUGUUCCUGGCACCGGUGUGUUUCUCCCACCCGGUUCAGCACAAGAACAGGUGUUAAAAGGCUCCACGGAGAAAUCCAACGGAAGCAACGCAGCAGAAGGAAAGUUGGAAAUGAAGACUAAAGAAGAAGAAGCUGACAAUAGCGGUAGCGGUGACGGUAAACAAAGCAAUUAGCUAAAAGAAGAGAAGAUACAUAGAGAGACAUCUUGGGAGAUGAAAUCUUGAACCUGCAGUUUGUAGAAACUGUGAACAGAGCGGCAAGAGUUCCACCAAACCCUGUCCUUUUUGCCACUUCAGACAUUGUUUUUAGGAGAGAGACUAGCAAAAUGUUACCACGUUUUGGCGUUUUAUACUCUCUAUAAUCAUUUUUAUCUAUCAAUUUCCAUUAAAAUUAUAAUUAUCUC